AUGUCGGCCGAACGAGUGCAGGAUAAAAACGGCGAACCCAUCAUGGAGGGCGACUAUGUCUACACUAGGUUUCGCGGCGGAACCCACGAGGGAGAGGUCAAAAGGAUCGUGAUGGAUGACGCGGGCGCGCGAGAAGAAGGUGUCGCUAAUCCUCCCAAGGCGAGUCCUCGUUUGUCUGGACAGCAGAAUGCAAGCAACUAA